AUGGAAGGCAAAGAUGUCUUGAUGGAAGACAACGAAAGCAAUCAUGAAGAGGCAGACAGGCAGUCACCACGCCAUUCACGCAGGCAACAAUUGGACGGAGAAGAGACACCAGAAAAUCCUGUGAGCGAAAAUGAAAAGGAGGAGCAAAAGAAGUACGUGAUGGAUAGACGCAGCCACAAGAGUGUACCAGGUGAUCAACAACGUGCAGAAGAUCAGACUUUCGACAUCUGCAGCGAUGUCGAAGCAAUCACUGAGGCGAUCAAAAAGAUUCAGAAGCAGGCAAAGAGCAAGGAUGAAGUCAGGUUUCACGAAGCAGUCGGUCUGGUGACCAAAAGCUUGCAAGAUCAGUCCGCCGCCCUCGAACGGCGCAUCGAGGACAAGAUGGAGUUUAAGCUGUCAGCUGUCGCUUCGUCCGUUGAUCGCAAAGUUUCUGACAUGCAAAAACAGCUUGAAGUGCGGACGAAGAGCUUCUUCAAGGCCCUCCGCGAAGAAGUGGCUGGAAUGCUCAGAACCAACAUCCACCAUCCGGACACGGCGUCCAUAGUUGCGAAGUCUUUCGAAGCCGGUCUUCCUCCGCAUAAUAAGGCGAGCUUACGGCCAACAGCUUCUCAGGCCAACAAGAUUCCAAAAGACUCUAUCCGUGCCGUCCAUGUCACGAUGGGUGGUUCAGAGCUUCACCACCAAAACAACCACACCGGUCCAGCCUCUCUCCUGAAAAACAGUAGAAGGUCCAAAAUGUCAACGGAACUAUGGGAGGACGAGCUGGAAAGGCAGGAGGAAGCGCCUGAGACCUUCCCAAAUCCCACAAAAGCAAUUCAUCUGAAAUCGGCGUUGAAAGAAAAUCCUUUGGCAGAAAAGACUAGCCGUUCAGUACACGUUCACUGGGAUGUUGAGACGAAAGAGUCACACCAAACCCAAAAGUACUCCAAAGAACAACCGCUCAUCAAUGCGGAGCCUUCUAUGCCGGUUGUAAGGCCGUGGGUGAAGGAAAAAGCGGAGGUCGAUGAGGACCUAGCACAACUCUUCAAAGACGGCAUUCGAAAGAAACUUUCAGACCACAACGAGACGGUCGAGAUGGCUACGCAAACGUCCGGGGUGGACGCAGUUGACGACAAUCUACCAGGCGGAUCGAGAGCUGAAGGAUUGGAAGCUCAGUCCUCGGAGAAAGAGAAAUGUGUCGAAGUCGGGAAAGAGCAGAACGAAGAGCCUAAAUCUGAGCUUUUGAACGAGAGGCAGAAAGUUUCAACCGGCACAAAGAACUCAACCCAGGAUAACCUUCAAGAUUCUGGUUGCAGAAAGAGGCCGAUUCCUCAGGCGAUUCUUAUCGAAAACAUAGGUAGGGCUCGGGUCAUGAGGGUUCGCAAAAGGUAG